GGAGCCUCGACGCCAGAGCCGCGCCCGGGAGGACUGGGGGAGAUUUCCUGCGCGCGCCGCAGACGCCCCAGCAGCCCAGGCGCCCCAGUGUCCCGGGACGCGGGUGGUCUCUUCGCCCAGGGAUGGCUCCUCAAGGACCGGCCGCGACGCCCGCCUACCCGGCUGCUUUCUUCCAAGCCGCGUCCGCCCAGGCGGGCAACCGCUCGGCUCCCGGUGGGUGCGGAAAAGGCUUCCUCCUUCUGGGCACAUACUUUAUAUUUUGCAUUUUGGGAUGGGGAGGGGAAACACUGGGGUGCAGUUGUCUUUUGCCUUCCAUCGUGGGGGCUUAGCUCUCUCUCUUCCCCAUGAAUUUCCGUUAUUCAUCUGCUUUUUUCCAGCACUUCCCAACUUGCUGUUGAUUAAUUUUUUAUUUUCACUCCCGCCUGACUUUUGAAGCCCUCUCUCCCUCCCUCCAGCCCCGCUCCCUUGCUUCUCUCUCACACUCCUUGCUUAAGGUUGGCGCCACCUUUUUUGUUUUUAAUUUUCCCAACUGGGCCAUCCUGUUAUGCAGAAACUAAGCUUUUCCUGGCAGAUUAGCAAGCAGAAGCUUAUCCCUUAGGUGGAUCUCAGCUGCUGUAUGUCAGGCUGCUGUCAAACCCACAGCAAUGGGGCAGUUGUGUGUGUGUGUUUUAAAUUGCACGUCCGAUUCUAGUUCAGUCUUUUUCUUUAUAGGGUUUUUUUCUUCCUUUCCCCAUAAUCGUUCUUCCUCAGCCAGAAAGUAAAUACAUGAUCUCCAAGGGUUGGGCUUGUUACAACCUCCCUUGUGCAAAAGGACAACAUCUGGCUUCGGCCGCUGAGUUCAAGUUCAUUUCCAGAGGCUAUUAUGACUCCCAGCCAGCUCAGCUGUGAAACUGUGCUUCAGGGCAUGUGCAAAGAGCCGCUAGGCUUUUUUCCAGAUAACAACAGCUGUUCUUGCACUCUCUAGGAUUCAGACUUUGAGACUGGUCGACUCUGCCUCACUUCAUAAAAGGAGUCAAGGCGAUAUAUACAGAACAAUCGGCAAAAUUGACUGUGCCUCACAGGUCGUUGCAUUUUUCAUUCUAUUUGCAACCAAUCACUGGCUUCACCUAAAGCUUUGUUCCAAAGAAAUUAUCCAUCCAGAAAUAGCACUUUGGUGUCUUCUUUCCCCAGCCCCCUAUUGCAAUCCUUCUGCUGUUUCUCUGCUGUUUCUUGCUGUGUAAUUACUUCUGAAUAAUUUCAGUUAUCCUCAUCUUAUUACCAGAUUUACAGUGAAAUAGUGCCAGAUGCCACUGUGAGCCCACGUUACAAGAUUCCUCCACGGGAGACACUUAUUUGUAGGAAUACUAGAGUGUAAAUUAUGUGUAAAUCAAUUCUCUGCAACAGUACCACAUGUAUGCAUUUUUCUGUAUGCAAGGAAGUUCCAACUGAGUGCAGUGAAACAGAUUGCUGCAUUUGGGAAGACUGUCACUCAGAUUGCAUGCUGAUUCCUUAACAUACAGGAUUUUUUUUUUUGCAAUGCCUCCGUUGACUUUUCCUCAGUCAAAAGUUCAGUCCACUUAAUUGUGCCCCACUAGUGCAUGUUCAAGAUAACUAAAAAGAAAUUACAUAGCUGCUUUAUUUUAUGUGUUAACCACCUUUGUGAACAUACUUUGAAGGGUAGUUAAUAGUUGUAAAUUGUAUUAUGUUUAUCAAUAUAUUUGUAUGUGGAGCUGUGAUGGAAAGAUAGUUCAGUGAAGCAGCUGCAGAAUUGGGUUGGUAAAUGGUGGCAGAUAAUCUGUGUUAAUAUAAAGUAAAAAGUAGCCAUUAGUGUGUCCCUCCUUUAGUAUUUUUAAUUCAUUUCUGCCCUCUAUCACCUUUUCAAGUUCUCUAUUUUACAGGAUACUAAGUCACGAUGGUUGGAGUCUGUCUGCUUUCAUAACUGUCAUUCCUUCCUAUAACAGCAAUAGAUCAUAGAACUGUGACUCAUUGGUGUUGUGUUAUGGAGGAUUAAAACGGUUAUAUUCUUUGGUUAAUUAGUAUUUUGGGGAUGGGUUAAUUUAGCGAAUACUUUUUGUGAUUUGCUGAUAGUGUACUAUGUUGCUGAAAAUCAAGGGUAGUAUCUCUCUCUGUCUGUCUCUCUCUUGCAAUCUGCUAAUUCCCUGUUCUGGAUCUUAGACACAACACUGGUUGUUGGAAUAAGGAAAUCUGGCCUUGGAAUACUUGCAUUAAAACCCAAACACUAUUAAAUUGUCUCAUGUACAGCUGUUCUUUCUCUACCAUCUCCCUUACUUUCCCCCACCCCCAGUAUUUUGAGCUUUCCUGAGCUAUCUACUUGUAGUACGCAGACCGUGCAAUGAGAGCCUACUUAUGGGCUGAAACUGUGUUGGGUUUUGGAAGGUGAAAAUGAAACUGUUCACUGGCUGAGUUACAUUGGAAGUUGUUGUUGGAAAUCUGCAAAACUUUUUCUGUGGACUGAUGUGGUCAGGGAUAGCACAAAUUGUUAAAAAGUGAUUAAACUGGAGCUCAUGCUUUUCUUGUGGGUAUCUUGUAUGAUUGUAUUGACAUGAAGACAUUUCCUGUACUUUAAAAGGAGCUACUGUUUUAUGUAUGCAUGUACCUGGUACAUACAUUUUUAGACUAAAGUUUCUUUUUAAAAGUCUGCUAUGGUUGUUUCACAUGUAUAUCACUGAAAAGGCAGCUUCAUCAAAUAGCUCAGUCGGGUUGUGGGUUCGAGCCCCAAAUUGGGCAGAAGAUUCCUGCAUUGCAGGGAGUUUUGAGUAGAUGACCUUCGUGGUCCCUUCCAAUUCUACAAUUCAUUGAUUAGAUGAUUCUGUAUGAGGGAUCUGAUCUGCCACAAAAUGUUGCAGUUUGAAGUUUGCCUGCCAGCCUGGCCUUUUUCAGGGCAUUGCAUUAUAUUUCUCCUCCAAACCCAGUUUUUCUAUUUUUAGUCCUCACAACAGACACUUGACAUUCUGAGCAUGCUCAGUCGUUGUUUGGUUUUCUUCCAAUUUAGGGUUUUUUUCCCCCUGAAACGAUUUCUAUUUCUGCAAUGACUUGGGCUCUCUGUCAUGCUGAAAGCUCCUUGCCUUAUUUCGGCUAUAUAAUCAUAUUAUUAUUAUUUUCUAUACCGCUUUAUAUUUUAAAGGAAAAAAAUCUCAAAGCAGUUUGCAACACAUCAAAACAUCAAACAAAACAAUCCAGAAUAAAACAAAUUUACAGUGAAAAUGAUUUCAAUGAAAAUAUUUUAGAUCUUUCUCUAAGUGACAUUUGGCUUUCCCCAUAUUUAUUUACCUUAUUAGAGCACUCUGGGAAGCCAAUGUGGUGUAGUGGUGAGAGGGCUGGACUCAGACCUGGGAGAUCAGGGUUCAAAUCCCCAUUCAGUCAAGAACAUGGGUAGGCAAACUAAGGCCCGGGAGCCAGAUCCGGCCCAAUCGCCUUCUCAAUCUGGCCGCGGACGGUCCGGGAAUUGGCUUGUUUUUACAUGACUAGAAAGUGUCCUUUUAUUUAAAAUGCACCUCUGGGUUAUUUGUGGGGCCUGCCUGGUGCUUUUACUUGAGUAGAAUGUGUUCUUUUAUUUAAAAUGCAAUUCUGUGUUAUUUGUGGGGCAUAGGAAUUCGUUCAUUUUUUCCCUUCAAAAUAUAGUCCGGGCCCCCACAAGGUCUGAGGGACCGUGGACUGGCCCCCUGCUGAAAAAGUUUGCUGACUCCUGGUCAAGAAGCUCACUGGAUGACCUUGGGUCUGUCACAGUCUCCUAGUCUGACCUUGGGUCUGUCACAGUACUGGCACCUCACAGGGUUGUUGUAGUAGGGUGUGAACCAUGCAGUGCUUUCCCCCCCUAGUAAAAUAGGUGCUAGUACUCACCAUGAAGUUGUUACAGUGCCACACUUUUUGACAACAAAAAAGGAGAUGUGCCGGUACUGCAUACCCUUAGAGUACUCCCUGGAGGGAAAAGGACUGUAUAUAUGGGAUAUAAAUCAAUAAAUAAGCUUCUGCUUAUCUGCUUAAGAAAGCUGGAGGGACCAGCCAGCCAGCCAGAGAUGUCAGUCGCCAUCCUGGCAUCCAGAAAUGGUUGCAAUUGGACCCAUGCCAGUCACAAAACAUGCCUGCGCCUGGCUAAUUUUGAACACCGCUGUUGCAGUUUGUUCUGAUUUGGUGGCAAACAGCAGGUUUUCCUGGGGAAGUGGAAAGUGACUGGACAAGCCUUUGGACUGAAUCUGUAUAUUCCAGGAAUAUACAUGUUCCUUUACCUUUUUUUAUUCCAGGAAGGUGUUUAGGGUUCUUGGAACGACGAUCAGGAAAAUGAUUCUGUUUCCAUUCUCCAUCCUAAUGAAAGUUGAUUGGAAUAAAAAGUGUGGCACUUAAUAGUUAUAGCAAGAAGGAUAGCAUUUCUGAUUGGGCCUACCCUCUCUGGUUCUCCUAACCAUGAAUUAGAAAUAUUUCUGGGACAGGUGAGGUUGAAUGAGAAGCAGUAACUGGUGGUGGGGAGAAACCAGGCCUUGUUUUCCUUAGAUAAACAUGGAAACUACAUACUGACUGCUUUGCUUGGUGUCAAAAUAGAGUUUUGCCCUUUGAAAGCGAACACCAGUAAUUUCUAACAAGCCAAUGUGUGAUUCUCAGGUUCAUUUCAAUUUUCUACUCCUUUAUAUUCAAGAAUGAGGUGCUGAAAAAUGUUGCUGUCUUUUGCAGCCUCCAGCUUUGCUCUUAAGUUUUCUAGGCAUAGUUUGAUCUAAUAAUAUUCUUCAGGGUUGAUAUAUUUCAUAACAUGCUCUUUUCGUUGUUGUAACCAGAAUUUUGUUACGUUUGAAAGAAGAGCAGGAUUUAAAUAAAGCAAUAAAUGAUUGGCCCACACUUAGUAUGUUAUGCAUAUGGCUUCUGAAACUGACACAUGUUUAAAUUGAAACUUGUUGUUCUUCUAUGUACACAUUUUGCAUCAAUCUACAGUAUGCUCGUUAAUUUAUUUUUUCAUUAGGUACUUUGUCGCAAAGUAGUGCAUCUCAGCAGCAGUGGGGGAAGGGAAUGUGUGGCACAUUCUCUUUGCAUUUGUUAAAAGCUCCGUCAUUGCUUUGAAACUUUUGUAAAGAAUCCUCGUCAUGGAGAAUUUAUUUUUUGGUCCCAUAAAAUUAUUGCAUGUGCAUGACAGAUUUAUGUACUGUGCUGGAACAGGAUGUUUUAAGAUGGGAAACUAUCCAUUAUGUGAUUUUUUUAAAAAAAAUAAUCUAUUGGCAAACAGUAUAUAUAUUUUUUUAAAUUGGAGGCUUUCUUUCAGUAAUAAGAGGACAUGGAAAAUUAGGAACAGCUUGAUUUGCAAAGUUAUUAAUGGGGCACAUGCCAGAAAAUAUGUGUCAGUUUAUGAUUAAGCGCUCUACAUUGUAAUUCUACAAAAGGCUGAUUUGAGGGUUUUUUAGUGGACAAGUCUAGUCAUAUAUUAUGCCCACUGGCAUGCUUUGUUCACCUGAAAUUUCAUGCAUGUUUCUAAGUUGAUGGUUCUAAUAUAUUGCCAUCAGUGGGUUCAUUAGGACAGUUUUGAUAAGGUAUUGUCCCCUUUUAUAAGCAAAAUGGAUUGUGUGGAUCCUCACCUCUCUGUACCACAUCGUGGGAGAAUGUGGGUGGGUGUGAAUGCGAAUUUACCUGUCGAUUGUGUUGCGUGGUGAUCCUCGUAACAGGAAAAUAUCUUACACAUUUAUAUGUACAUCACCUUUCAAAUCACAUUGUAAAUGUAUUGGGUUUGAAUUGUGUUAUUGUUUAAAAACCUUUAAAUAAUUGCAGGUUUUUUUUGGGAGGGGGAGAGCAUUGAGUUGGAUCCAAAAGUUCUCUCCUUCCAGUGGAAGUCUUCUUAUGUCAGAGGAAGGGAUCCUUUUGAUCACCCGUUGGGCAUGGUGCUUUACCAACUACAGUGGUACCUCAGAUCAAGUACUUCAUUCGUUCCGGAGGUCUGUUCUUAACCUGAAACUGUUCUUAACCUGAAGCACCACUUUAGCUAAUGGGGCCUCCUGCUGCUGCGCCACCGGAGCCCAGUUUCUGUUCUCAUCCUGAAGCAAAGUUCUUAACCUGAAGCACUAUUUCUGGGUUAGCGGAGUCUGUAACCUGAAGCGUAUGUAACCUGAAGCGUAUGUAACCCAAGGUACCACUGUAUAUGAUGACAGGUCCCUGCCCUGAGGAGCUUACAGUUUAAAAUUUUACCGCGGGAAAAGAACCAAGGAAGGUGAUGGAAAUGGAAGGUGGGAUAAACAGGGUGAGUGCACGUUUAAUUCAGUUGCUGGGAGACUUUCUGGACAGGGAUGUAUCUGGAUAUAAAAGCAAAGAGAUAAUCAGGUCAGUGGGAAACGAUGAAGAACCGUGAAACUAUAAAUGAGGUGCUUGUGCUGGAUCUGGGAGUGAACAGGAUAUUAGUGCAGGUGCUUAUGUAGAACAAUUGUGGUUGGAGUGGUGGCUGAGGCGAGUGAUUAUGGUAGCUGAAUUUUGAAUAGACCUGGCGGCUGGAACGAGGGGAGGGAAAAAAAACAGGCUUGGCCUUUUCACUUGUGGCAGCGUUAAUAGAAUUGAUUGCACAGAAGUAAAAUUAAUGAAGGAUAGUAUCAUGAAGACCUAGGGAACAAAGGGAGUUAGGCAAGUGAUAACUUUGAUCAAUUAUCAAAGGCAGCAGAGAGGUCAGGAAGCAGGAGGAGGCGGCCAUAGGCUGCAGAGGCCCUUGGAUUUACCAGUGAGGAAAUGGUUAGUGGUUUCUGUGAAUGGUACAAGCUACAUUGCAGGGAGAGAACAGCUAACAGGGAGAGAAAAAGUUGAGACAGCAGGAGCAAGCAGCACAUUUCUGUGGAGGCAAAGGACAAGAGAAUUUGAAUGGGUAGCUAGAUAAGGGAGGUUGGGUCCAUUUUAACAGUGAAGUUAAGUAUGAAUAACUUGAUUACGAUUACCUUUUGAGACUCACGUUACAGCUUUUCUUUUCUUGGCCAUCACUUCCUGAUCUUUAACUAAUACAGCUGCAUUACUUAAUCCCUAUUGGGCUAGCUAAAGGAUGCAAGAUGAACUUCAAAGAGAGUUGUGAUUUUAUGGUUGGCUUAUGUUUGUGUGAGAAGGGAAAUCUAAAUAAGUUCAAAGGUUUGCUUCCUCUAAACAUCAGACUAAUUUCUGCAAAUCUUGGCACUAGGGGAGAUUAAUGCAUCAUUUGCUGGAAUGUAGCUUUACGUGGUGCUGAGAUGGUUUUUUAAAAUUGCAAAGUUUUUUUUUAUUAAAAAAAAAACCCCACCACCUGCAAUUUAAAGUGCUACAAUCCAAGUGUGACUGUUUUGAUUCUACUAGAUUGAACACUUUGGCUUUUAGGAAAAUUGCUCUCAAAAAUUCUCUUGCCUAGUUUGAUAUACAGUGGUGCCCCGCAAGACGAAUGCCUCGCAAGACGGAAAAACCGCUAGACCUAAGGUUUUUUUGAAGCAGCCGCAGGGACGAAUUCCCCUAUGGCUUGCGCGCAAGACGAAAAUAAUUAGCUCCAGAGAUUUUUUUCGCUUCCCUUUAUCUAAUCUGCUAAGCCUUUUAAUAGCUCUUAAUAGCCUUUAGCAGCUAAUCCCCUGCUUUAAGCCUUUAAUACGCUUAAACAGCAUAGCGCUAAUAGCGCUAACUGGCCAAUGGCCUGGUUUCAGUGACAAAAAACCGCUAGACGAAGACUCUUGCGGAACGGAUUAAUUUCGUCUUGCGAGGCACCACUGUACUGUAGGUCAGUAUCCACACCAACAGACUGUGUACGCCAGCCAUUGUCAGCCUGGUUCCCUCUGGUGGUUGUGGAUUACAGUGGUACCUUGGUUCUCAAACUUAAUCCGUUCCGGAAGUCUGUUCCAAAACCAAUAUUAGUCUGGACUCUGGAGGGGUACCAUAUAUGCAGGGGCUGGUGUUAAGAGGGCUGUCUCUGUCUAUAUGCAUGUCCUUGGCUGGCAGGAGGGAGGCUAAUGUUUACUGUUUCUUACUAGUUGAUCAGUUCAUUCACUUCCCUCUCCUGUCUAGAGAUGUGAAGGUGUGGAAAAACCAGCCCCCCCUUUUCAUCCCCCCAGGCCUCUUCUCCCAUCAUGUAUUACUAGUGUUACAUGAGAUGUAGUUAUAGUUUUCUUGGCAUGUACUUAAUACCUUAUGUUAACUCUGUAAUACUUAUUAAAAAAAGGUAAAGGGACCCCUGACCAUUAGGUCCAGUCGCGGAUGAUUCUGGGGUUGCGGCGCUCAUCUCGCUUUAUUGGCCGAGGGAGCCGGCGUACAGCUUCUGGGUCAUGUGGCCAGCAUGAUUAAGCUGCUUUUGGCGAGCCAGAGCAGCGCACGGAAAUGCCGUUUACCUUCCCGCUGGAGUGGUACCUAUUGAUCUACUUGCACUUUGAUGUGCUUUCAAACUGCUAGGUUGGCAGGAGCAGGGACCGAGCAACUGGCGCUCACCCCAUCACAGGGAUUCGAACCACUGACCUUCUGAUCGGCAAGCCCUAGGCUCUGUGCUUUAACCCACAGCGCCACCCACAUCUCUUAUUAGCACCCCGUAAAACAGGCCACUACUUACAAUUUUUAUAUUCACAUAAUUCCAUCUCCAAGGUGCUCAGCUAUAUUUUUUAAAAAGGAGCCACGAUGCAGCUUCUGUUUCUGUCUGGUGUUUAGUGAAUUUUUUUAUUUUUUGGGGGGAAGAGAAAGAUCAGCUUUGCUGAGCGUUGAAUAGCGAAUUCAGCAGGAACAGAAGCAGUGCGAUACGCCUUACAUUUUGCUGUUCUGUUAGUAAAGACAAGAUCAAUUUCAUCAACUAUCUUUGUAAAGUCCAAAAGCUGUUUUUAUCAGGGUCGACUUGAAAAUUCACAAAGAAGUGAGAGUUCUUUCAUGUCCCAAUAUUUUUCAUCCAUCCUGAUGAGCUUUGGUGAAUUUGAAACUAGCUAACCAUACUCUUUUUUAAUAAAAAAAAAUUGGUCCUCCUGAAGAUAUUAACCACACACUAUUGGACCAACAUGACUGCUUUGUUUUUUUUGUUUUGUUUAAUCCCUCUCAGGUUUGUCAAUACUGCUUCUGCAUCAUUUCAGCCGAUUUGGUUAAAUUUGGAGCACAAAAGAAAGUAUAUAAAUAAAAAUGCCAGUAAACAUCAAAGUUAAAAUUUGUAAAUUGAUAGGAGCAUAGAAGCCACUCAGCAAACUGCUUCGGUUUUUGUAAGCACCAGCUGCCAUAGAGCGCAUGCAAGGUUGGGCAUUAGAUCAGUCAAAAAUAAAAUGAAGUCAGCUGUGACUUACAGAAGGACAAUUGUUCCAGGAAACUGGGAGAUUAUCUAGUAUUCAGAUCUAGUCCAUUAGGCAGGAGUGAUGAACUCCUAUCGUCCAGUGGGUCGGAUUAUUAUCUCCACCCACCCCUGUGGGCCAAUUUCUUCAGGUAGUUAAGACCACUCUCCUGUCCGUCAUCUGAUGGUGGUGGUAAGAGGAGGCAUGGCUUGUUCCCCACAGGGAAGUACAGCUGAUGAGCAGAGGGUUCAAUCCUGCUAGCUGGAGGGUUCUUAUUUGCCACUGCAUGCCACUGGGUGACAUGCUGGAGAAACAGUACCCACCAGGAUCAAUCUACGAAGGUAGUGGCGCCCACCCUGUGGAACGCCCUCCCAUCAGAUGUCAAAGAGAUAAAGAGCUACCUGACAUUUAGAAGACAUCUGAAGGCAGGGAAGUUUUUAAUGUGUGACAUUUUGAUGUAUUUUAAAUUUUUGUUGGAAGCCGCCCAGAGUGGCUGGGGAAACCCAGCCAGAUGGGCGGGGUACAAAUAAUAAAUGAUAAUAAUAAUAAUAAUAAUAAUUAGCUAAAAACUGUUUAAUCCACUGACCGCCUUAAAGUAAAACACAAACAUGUAUCUAGCGGCUAUUCACUCGUGUUGCUUUUGUGACAGAACUUUAUGAACUUAUCAGGAUCAUUUUUCUCACCCUGCGGAAAACAUUUCUUGCCCUUUUUCUGCCAGCUUUUUGUUUUCUGCUUGCAAGCUUCCUAAAGGGCUAGAUUAGGAAGAUGAAAUGACAUCAUUACUGCUAUUAAAGAGCGGAAAGCCUUGUGCCUUUACUUUGAGUAGAACUUCCUCCUGGUAGAAGGCGCUAGCUUUAGCCAGCUUGCACAGAUGUACAAGAGUAACUUGUGGGUUAGCAGCAUGAAAAUCUGGCUGACUUUAAUCACUUGUCUAAUUUAGUUUGCUCCUCGUCAACUUAGGUCUCUGAGAGCAGUUUCUUCAUAUUUUAGUGGGAAAAUAAAGAUACUUGGUGUUGCAGAAAGUCUCAUUUUUGCAAUUAUAGUCAGUCAAGAGAACUGUCUCCUCUUGGCUAUACAGUGGUACCUCGGGUUAAGUACUUAAUUUGUUCCGGAGGUCCGUUUUUAACCUGAAACUGUUCUUAACCUGAAGCACCACUUUAGCUAAUGGGGCCUCCUGCUGCCUCCGUGCCGUCGGAGCACAAUUUCUGUUCUCAUCCUGAAGCAAAGUUCUUAACCCAUAGGUGCUAUUUCUGGGUUAGCGGAGUCUGUAACCUGAAGUGUAUGUAACCAGAAGCGUAUGUAACCUGAGGUACCACUGUACUUCAAUAUAAACAUCUGUUUUGUUACACCUCUGCUCCACCCUAGGCAUAUAUCUGAUGGGUUAUAUGAACCUCCAGGAUGUAUGGGGUAUUAGGGAAGAGGAAGUGGUAUUAGAGGGACGUGGGUUGCGCUGUGGUCUAAACCACUGAGCCUCUUGGGCUUGCUGAUCAGAAGGUUGGCACUUUGAAUCCCCGCAACAGGGUGAGCUCUUGUUGCUCUGUCCUAGCACCUGCCAACCUAACAGUUCGAAAGCACGCCAGUGCAAGUAGAUAAAUAGGUACCACUGCAGCAGAAAGGUAAACAGCAUUUCUGUGAGCUCUGGUUUCCAUCAUGGUGUUCCACUGUGCCAGAAGCAGUUUAGUCAUGCUGGCCAACAUGACCUGGAAAUUGGUCUGUGGACAAACGCCGGCUCCCUCGGCCUCAAAGCGAGAUGAGCGCCGCAACCCCAUAGUUGCCUUUGGCUGGACUUAACCGUCCAAGGGUCUUUUACCUUUACCUUACCUAGUACCUCUGUUGGACACGUCAUUCUCCUUCUGUUUGUCCACCUUUCUCCUCACUUCUGGCCCACCUUUGUACCCCACUCAGCUCUCACCUGUAGCUCCUAAAAGCUGUCAGCAUGUGACAGCAGCCACACCCUGGGAAAUGACUUUGACUAAACCGGAUGAAGGUAGGCAAUGGGUCUCAAACGCUUGGUGAGUUAGGGAAUUCCUAUGUAUUCAAAGUCAACCUCUAGCAGAUUGAGUGGAUGGGACCAAUAGCCAAUUCAAUGGUUCAUAAGGCAGUUUCUGCAUGUGUUGCAGAGGGCAAUGAGGGGCGGAUGGGGCUCAUCAACCUGGGAAGGUAGCCCAUCUUUGAGGAGGAAAAUUCUGAUUCUAAACCUCCACUGCCUUGCGGGACAUCUUAAGGAGAGGAAAAGGCCAAGGAAUAAAUCCUGCACAAAUCCAGAUUGGAAUCCCUAAGACGGCUGGAUGGCGCUUUGUAUUCCUCCUUUUGGCAACUCCUGCAGCCAAGCUGGUGCCAAUUGUAUUGCUUUGUUUUCCUUUGGACCACAUAAGAGAGGCCGAGAGGGGGGUUUUGUUGCCUGGGCAGCCCAGGACCUCCGUGCACACUGCCCAGGUUUGUGCUCUCUCGAGGCAGAAGGAUGCUAACAAUAGUCAAGUACUGCUGAACUAUGUAUGGAAGUGAGAGCUGGACCAUAAAGAAGGCUGAUCGCUGGAAGAAUUGAUGCUUUUGAAUUAUGGUGCUGGAGGAGACUCUUGAGAGUCCCAUGGCCUGCAAGAAGAUCAAACCUAUCCAUUCUGAAGGAAAUCAGCCCUGAGUGCUCACUGGAAGGACAGAUCCUGAAGCUGAGGCUCCAAUACUUUGGCCACCUCAUGAGAAGAGAAGACUCCCUGGAAAAGACCCUGAUGUUGGGAAAGAUGGAGGGCACAAGGAGAAGGGGACGACAGAGGACGAGAUGGUUGGACAGUGUUCUCGAAGCUACCAGCAUGAGUUUGACCAAACUGCGGGAGGCAGUGGAAGACAGGAGUGCCUGGCGUGCUCUGGUCCAUGGGGUCACGAAGAGUCGGACACGACUAAACAACAACAACAACUGCUGAACUGUCUCUGAUGUGAUUGACUACGCUGUUGAAUUCCUUAUGUGAUUCUGUUUGACAAAAAGAGAGAGGAACCCAAGGAGGGGGGAAAAUGGAAGCUACACAUCAAAACCAGUUUUGUCUAGGAAUUGGUGUGAACUCUGGCAGCUCUCAUAAUUAGCACAUUGCAGAUGAAGGGAAACCAUAGCUAUGAAUUUCUGUCCACCUGCGAACAGACCGUUUGAUCUGUCCCAAACAUUGGAAGCAAUGCUGGAUAGUCAGCAGGAAGUCACAUUUUUUUCAGAAAUUGGGAAUUUAUAAAUAUUGCUUGGGCUUUACCAUUAGAAGCUCUGUGUAAAUAAGUGUCUCUGCUGGUACUGUAGUUUUGUGAGGAAGGCAUGAUUAAAUAUUAAGGUGUUAGAAAUUUAAGUGGAGGUGUAAAGUAGAAAGGGCUACAGCUUGGCUUCCUUCUCAAAUAAGUGAAGAAUUCAAAGAAGGUGUGAACUAUUCCAGUUUUGCUUAAAAUGUCACAUUUUCUCUUUGUGUACAAAGAUAGUCUGGUAUAACUCGAAAUAUUGCAUACUAUGUUGUGGGCAUUUCUGAAGCACUCAGAGGCUUUGUACAGGCUCAAUUUUCUUUCUUUUUUAGCGUUUGGAAUAAGGAAACUGAUUUAUAGCUGCUUGUCUGCUUUCAUUUCAACUCUUCUCAACACUUGGCUUUUAAAUUUCAUUCCUGUUUCCAUGGUGCCUUUGGAGAUGGAGACAUGACUGUGACAAUGGUUUUUCCAAGGUUUUCUGGUGCUGGUUGUCAUACAGAGUUGCAAACCAUUGCUGGCCACUUCUGAACAAAGUAGUAUGGUGUGAUUGUAUGAAUUGAGUCAAUAAGUUUGAUUAUAUAUUUCAGAGAGCCAGUGUGGUGUAGUGGUUAAGAGCGGUGGACUCGUAAUCUGGGGAACCGGGUUUGAUUCCCCGCUCCUCCACAUGCAGCCGCUAGGUGACCAUGGGCCAGUCACACUUCUCUGAAGUCUCUCAGCCUCACUCACCUCACAGAGUGUUUGUUGUGGGGGACGAAGGGAAAGGAGAUUGUUAGCCGCUUUGAGACUCCUUCGGGUAGUGAUAAAGCGGGAUAUCAAAUCCAAACUCUUCUUCUAUAUAUUUCCACGAGCAAGGCCCACUUCUUGUUGAUGAAUUCGUUCUUUUAAUGCAUAAAAAUAACGAAAAAUUGUAACACAUAAUAAUGCAAUGCAGUGGAUAAAUCAAAUGUAUAAUGAUGUUGUUAACUCUAUAAUUAUACUUAAGCAGAACAGCUAAAUUAAAGUAAUUUAAACAAUUGCAUAAUAGAAUUCAAUUUUACUUGCCAUCAAAAUGAAAUACAUACUUGGCUACAGUAUCCUGGAUUUGUUCAUCUGGUGCCUUGCUUUUGGGGAACAUUUAGUUUCUGGACUGAGAAGCGCAUAAAAUAUCAGCAUUGCUGUACAAAUCUCACUAAUUCUGUAGUCUUUCUCCCCCCUUGUUUUCAUAGGGGGCCCUCGUACCUUGGCAAGCCAUAGCGCAGAUGACGUUGCAAAUAAGCCUGAAAGUGGAUCGUCAGGAAACGGGCAGCACCCAGAAUAUAUUGCAUAUUUCCUGAUUCCGGUCUUUUUCCUCAUGGGGCUCCUGGGGGUUUUCAUCUGCCAUAUGCUAAAGAAAAAAGGAUAUCGCUGUACAACAGAAUCUGAGCAAGAGGAGGAGCAGCUUGGGGAAAAGAUAGGUAGGCGAGAAUGAUUUAAAAGACUGGUGCCUGUGCUAAUGUGGAAAUAAGGAACAACAAGCAUUAACCCCAUUUUUAUAGUGCUUGGAUCAGAGGCCCUCAAACUAUGGUCUGUAUACAACUGGUGGUCUGCAAGCUCUGUUCAGGUGGACCUUGGAAACUUGCAAAUCUGUACUUAACCUUGCAGUUGAUUUACCGUAUUUUGUGCUCUAUAAGACUCACUUUUUCCCUCCAAAAAAGUAAGGGGAAAUGUGUGUGCAUCUUAUGGAGCGAAUGCAGGCUGCACAGCUGUCCCAGAAGCCAGAACAGCAAGAGGGAUUGCUGCUUUCACUGCGCAGCGAUCCCUCUUGCUGUUCUGGCUUCUGAGAUUCAGAAUAUUUUUUUUCUUGUUUUCCUCCUCCAAAAACUAGGUGCGUCUUGUGGUCUGGUGCGUCUUAUAGAGCAAAAAAAUACGGUAUUUAUUUCCCUGAUGACCAGAGCCAGAUCAUUCAGCAGGUUAGCAAGGUUUUGGCCGAGGGCCUGUGAUUUUCAUAAUAUGAUACCUGUGUAGUUUACUAAUUUACCAUAACUAUUUCCCAGCUAAAGGUAUUACAGUCGUACCUCUGCUCCUGAAUGCCUUGGGAGUCGAACAUUCCGGCUCCCGAAAGAUCGAAAACCGGAAGUGAGUGUUUUGGUUUUUGAGCUUGUUUCAGAAACCAAACAUCCGGCGUGGCUUCUACUAUUGUUUCUGGCACAACUGUGCAAUCGGAAACCAAUCAGAAGCCGUGCCUUGGUUUCCAAACGUUUCGGAAGUUGAAUUCCGUUCGACUUCCAAGGUACUACUGUAUUGCUGAACAUAAUCCAAGGCCAGAACUGAUAAGCAUUACACCUGGACUUCACAGAAUUGUCCACAAAAACAGGCCAUAUCCAUCACACUGGAAAAGCAAGACUUCAGUUAUUAAAAUAAGUUAUGUGCAUACAUUUUAUUUUUAUGGCAAUAAAAGUAGUCUUUCUUUUCACUCUGAGUAAAUUUCAUCAAUAUGUCGAAUGGUAAAAAACAGUGCAUAUUAUGAUAAAGCAGCAAAGUAAGGUUUGAUAAGGAGGAAAACAUGGCAUUAUUGCAAUUUUUCUAUUCCUCCCCGCUCAGGGAGACAUUGCUCCCCACCCCAGCCACCAUAGCUUUAACUUUACCAGAUUCUUUACAUCUCCAGUCCUGGUUGGUUAUUUAUCCAGCCCACAAGCCAAAUCUUUCUUUCUCUUUCCAGAGCUGAACGAAAGUACGAAUGAUAAUGGUGACACCGUGGGGAAAAUAGUUGACUACAUUAUGAAAAAUGAAGGUAUGCAAUACAGCUAUUUAAAAAAAUUGAAUGUGCAGGUCAUGAGGAACCUCUGUCCCACAGCCUCCCCUCCUCACUAUGCCUCCCAUCUGCAGAAUUUAGGCUCAUUUUUAUUAAGCUUCCUUUGGCUCCAUUUGGAGGCAUCAGUUAGGCAUGUAUCAGCAGCCAGAGGGAAGGGGGAGGAAUAUUUAUGAGCCAGCCCACACCAUAUGCUGCUAGAUCCACAAAGAUCACCCCCUGGCAAUCAUUUUUUUCUCUCCAAUGCUUUUCUCAAUCAAAAUGGCUUCAAGAUAUAUGUGUAAAUGAGAGAGAGGAGGAAUGAUGGGGGCAAGGGGGGGGGAGAGACCCCCUCCCACUUUUUGAAUUGCCUCUUCUCACCGCCAAUAUGCAACCUUUGGAAGUAAUGAAGACAUUUAAUUUAGGACUUUUAAUUCACAGCACGCAUCGUAUACACUUUCUCAUUCAUACAUUCCAAAGAGAUAUUUUCCCAAGGAUUCAAACUGCUUUGGGGUCAGGAGUAGAAAGAAAGUUAUUUGUGGCAUGUUAUCUUAUUGAUAUAAGUGUGCGUAAUGUCCAAGUUAGGCCAGCCAUGUUCAAAGAGAUCAACUCCAAAAUGUUAAGUGUUUCUUAUUUAUGUCAUUCUUGCAGCUAAUGCUGAUGUUCUGAAGGCCAUGGUGGCAGAUAACUCUGUAUAUGAUCCUGAAAGGUAAAACCUUUUUUUUUCAUUUUAUGCUCCACAUUCAGGGGAGACAAGAUGUUAAUGGUUUUUGAGGUUGUUGCAGAAGGCGGUUUGUUUGAAGUUUGCAAAUGCAGGCUUUUUCAGACAGAUUGUACUGUAAUAGUGAAGUUCUUAAAAGUUUCAUAUAUGUGUCUUUAAAAGUUGGGUGCAUGUUACAUUAAGCUAGAGACAGCUGCAUGUUUUUACAAAAAUCCUGUCUGCGUGAGAUAAUAAAUAUGCUCGCAUAUACCUAUAAUUGCAUCAUCAAUGCAUAUGGUGCCUCACAGAGUUAAGCUAAGUUUUCUGGCGAACUUUUAACAAUUUAAACAUCCAACAGAGCAGGAGAGAGCAUGAAGAGGCAAGGAAACAUAGGUCAGGUGAAAGAAUAUGUCUGGUUACACAUACUUGAACUUAGGCUGCGUACAGGCGCAAACAUUUGAUGGGGGAGAGUUGUUCUGGAAGCAGACUCACUGUUCAAACCAUUUUCCCUCCAGGGAAACUGGCAUUGCAAGUUUGUUGAGAAGCCAGCUGUGGAUUGACUUGUGCUUGUGACAGCACCUGCCCUCCAUGGCUGGCAUUUUUUUCCUCCUCUUUAAAUAGAGAUUUUUUUAUUGUUGUUAUAUUUUUCUAAAAGGUGAUGAAUGUGUACAAGCGGCACUGUAGAUUGUUGUUGUUUAGUCUUUUAGUCGUGUCCGACUCUUCGUGACCCCAUGGACCGGAGCACACCAGGCACUCCUGUCUUCCACUGCCUCCCGCAGUUUGGUCAAACUCAUGCUGGUAGCUUCGAGAACACUGUCCAACCACCUCAUCCUCUGUCCACCACAACAUGUCCACCACCAUACCACACUACGUUUCUGUCCUGUAACGUUUGUGUUUUUUGCUCUUUAAAUAUAGCCCUACUAGUCCGACUACGCCAGGCAGUCCAACAAGUCCAGUGUCUCCCUCAUCGUCCGGAGGCCCUCAGCUGAAACACACUUGCCGAGGCCGCCAUUUGCAUACGGUUGGUGGAGUAGCCGGAACAGGUGACUGUAGCCGCUGCAAUCAGAAGAGGUGGCACCUGUUCAGUCCAGCUAAAAAAUCCAAAGAACCAAGAAGAGCCCGGCAUGGGGAGGUUACAGUGUUGUCUGUUGGAAGGUGUGCCCGUUUAUAAUUUCAUUUUAGGUGAAACCGUGACUUGAUUCUCAGUACUGUGGUGGAUUCGCAGUUUUGGUGGCGUGCGUGAUCGUAGUGCACCUUCACAUUUAAACUCUAGUUUAGGGUUGCCAUAUGUCCAGGAAAUAUCGGAUAUGUCCUCUUUUUUUGCGGGGGGGCAACAUGCCCAUCCGGGGCGGGGGCGAGGUGAGGCGUUCCCAAAGCAAAGGAAGGGUUGAACUCUGAUUAAUAAGAAUAUACACAGAAGCUUGAACCAGCAAGACUCUGGGAAGGGUCCGUAUAAUAAUCUCUGCCUCCACCCCUGGCCCAGGUCGUUUUAUUCACAAAAGAACUUUUACAGAGUGUUCGUAAGAACCAAUCAGAUUUCUUCUAAGCAUUUCAACAAACCCCACAUGGGGACAAAGUUAAACUACCAAAACUAAUUAAGCACACAUAUUUCUGGGGUAAACAAAACAGAACUACAAAGGAGUGCAUUUGGCAACCCCUGAGGUCAUAAACAAGCAAUACACAUGAUAAGAAGGAUGGCCAGGAAGACAACGAUCAUUAUCACCUUCAGGUGUGAUCUGUUUCCUGGCCCUAAGAUUAACAUCCUAAGAUUAACAUAUCAGAAAAGCUACAUCAAAGAAGCUGCCCACUGUCGUUGAUGACCCAGGAUGCCUGCCUGGCGAAGCAACUGGCAGUGUGCGUGACUGGUCAAGAAAGAGAAAUGGAACAGGGAUGCAGAGGUGUGGAUUGAUCAAGAAUUAUAUCAAAAUAGUUUAAACCCAGUCAACGCAAUGCUUUCAUUGCUGACACAGAUGGCUUACUCUAUAUUUGUUAUAAUUCCUCAUAGCAAUCCCACCUGAUCACUACGGGGGGGGGGGGUGUUACAUUUUAAAGGAAAUGCCUGGGAUUUUGGUAUUAAAGGUCCAUCAUACUUUCUCCUUCUAACUUGAACAUUUGGGGUGUUGUUUGUUUGUUUGUUGGGUGUUGGCUCAGGUAUGGCUUCUGCCAGCCCAAGCUGGGGGAAAGAGGCCUUGAGUGGUCCUCUUUUUUGCUCUUCAAGAUAAGGCAACCCUACGUCUAGUUUAGUUCAACUACAAUGUGAAACAGGCCAGUCUAUCUCUUCAGCAGAAAUUGGCCAGCUUCUUUCCUGUGCAGGCCUGGUCCCUCGUAAUCCCAGCUGCACAGCAGUUGGAAUAUCGCUCCCUUUGUUUGUGGUACUGUCGAGGACGAACUGAUGCAGAGUUUGGAAGCUCCAUGCGAACGGAGACGUUUCUCCGUAGGUUUUUGCAUUGGUGCAGGGAACUCUAGGGCAUCCUGACUCUGUCGGGCUGGGCGUGCCCACUUCAAAACUGAAAGAGGACUCAUGACCCCUUGCUGCAACUGCUUUACAGGAAAAAGCCAAAGACAAAUUUGUAGGUGUGUUAUAACACAUUUGUUUCUGCAUGGUUUGUAAGCUCCAGCUUACAAUCUACAUUCUGAUGAAGUCCCAUGUUUGUAGUGCUGGUAAGAACAGUGACUAAAGUGCAAAAGAUAGGUGGGGGAAUAAUAUUUAGGGAAUGAUAACAGUUGAAUUGUAUUCAGAAUUAUCGUAGCGGUAGAAUGUUUGAGACUCUCUCCUCUGGAGGGACAAAUUCUUAAAAGAGCAUCCAUUAGUUUGUCAACAUAGUUACUCUUCUAGAAUUUGUAAUUGCAGCGCAGCCAUAAUUUCUAACCGCCUACUUCUCCACAUAUCGUUUAGAUAGUUAAUAAUAAUAAUAAUAAUAAUAAUAAUAAUUUAUUAUUUAUAUCCCGCCCGUCUGGCUGGGUUUCCCCAGCCACUCUGGGCAACUUCCAACAAAAAAAUAAAAACACAAUAAAAUAUCAAACAUCAAAAACUUCCUUAAACAGGGCUGCCUUCAGGUGUCUUCUAAGUGUCCGAUAGUUGUUUAUUUCCUUGACAUCUGAUGGGAGGGCGUUCCACAGGGCGGGUGCCACUACCGAGAAGGCCCUCUGUCUGAUUCCCUUAACCUUUGCUUCUCGCAGUGAGGGAACCACCAGAACGCCCUCGGUGCUGGACGUCAGUGUCUGGGCUGAAUGAUGGGGGUGGAGAUGCUCCUUCAGGUAUACUGGGCCGAGACUGUUUAGGGCUUUAAAGGUCAGCACCAACACUUUGAAUUGUGCUCGGAAACGUACUGGGAGCCAAUGUAGGUCUUUCAAGACCAGUGUUAUGUGGUCUCAGCGGCCGCUUCCAGUCACCAGUCAAGCUGCCGCAUUCUGGAUUAGUUGUAGUUUCUGGGUCACCUUCAAAGGUAGCUCCAUGUAGAGUGCGUUGCAUUAGUCUAAGCGGCACAGUUGCCCCAUUCAGGACCAGGGAGUCCCCCACACCCGCCCGCCCCCUGUCCCCCCAAAACAGUCUCACAGCAAGAUCAUCUGUCUUACGUCUUUCAAAGUGAUAAGCCCCUCAGUCAUUUCAAAACUAAUACAAUUGUAAAUUUAGAGAAACCUUUCCGAAUUUUGCAGAGGCGGUAGUAAAAUGCUGGAUUGUUUAAUAGCUCAGCUUUGUCCCAACAGGUUUAGAGUCACAAAGGUGGAACACAAAUCUGCUUCCAAGGAACGUAAGAACUUGAUGUCUGUCAGUGGCGUCGAAAGUGUCAAUGGUGAAAUGCCAGCUACCCCUGUCAAAGAAGCCUCGAAAGAGGCACCAGUCACACCUGCUGCCAAACAGGUACCAGAUGAUCAGCAGCGCACUCCUGCCAAGCAAGAGGAUAGAUCGAGAUCUGGCUCAGCAUGACAGCUGGACCCAGAAAGUGAUGGGAGUCCAAGCAGAGGUCAGUAUGUUGUCAGUUCUGAACAUAGGACUUUAAAUAAUUUAUAGGUAGGUUUAUAAAACGCAAGAUUGCCAUGUUUCUGACAAAAUUCAGGUCUGUGAGGGAUAAUAUCAUUACCUAAACUCCAAAAGUGUCUUUUGUUUCUAGGUAUUAACGUUCUGGGACGCGGGUGGCGCUGUGGGUUAAACCUAGGGUUAAGCCUAGGACUUGCCGAUCAGAAGGUCGGCGGUUCGAAUCCCUGCAACGGAGUGAGCUCCUGUUGCUUGGUCCCUGCUCCUGCCAACCUAGCAGUUCGAAAGCACGUCAAAGUGCAAGUAGAUAAAUAGGUACCGUUCUGGCGGGAAGGUAAACGGUGUUUCCGUGCGUUGCUCUGGUUUGCCAGAAGCGGCUUAGUCAUGCUGGCCACAUGACCCGGAAGCUGUACGCUGGCUUCCUCGGCCAAUAAAAUGAGAUGAGCGCCGCAACCCCAGAGUCGGCUACGACUGGACCUAAUGGUCAGGGGUCCCUUUACCUUUAUUAAUGUUCUGUCUGUGGAUAUGCAUGGAGAUAAUGGGUGGCAUUAUCACUUUGAUUCAGAGUAGACCUGUUGGAAUUAAUGGACCUAGCAUAGUCAUGUUCAUUAAUUUCAGUGUGUCUACUCUGAGUAAGUGUCCCUUGAAAAUGUGAGCACUGAACUGCAGAAUAUUGAUGCUUUGUACGAUGAUCAAGGUUAUCGGGCCAAGUUUAAUAUUAAAGGAACAACAACAACAACAACAACUUUAUUCCUCACCCAUCUGGCUGGGUUUCUGCCCACUCUGGGCAGCUCCCAAUAAAAUAUUAAAAGCAUGAUAAAACAUCAAACAUUAAAAACUUCCCUAAACAGGACUGCCUUCAGAUGUCUUCUAAAAGUCAGAUGUUUAUUUUCUUGACAUCUGAUGGGAGGGCGUUUAACAGAACGGGCACCACCACCAAGAAGGCCCUCUGCCAAAGAGAUGCACAUUGGAAAAUGGCCGUUUGUCCCUUAAAGUGAGGCACGUUUCUGUUUCUCUUCUCUUGCAGAUGGAGGCUUUUGAGGAAAAGCACACACAAUAGCUUUGGGGAAAAAUCAAAACUGGGACACUGGCGUCUCUGAAGAGAAGUAUAUAAAUGCACUAGCGCUGCGCAUAAUUUUUGUGACUGAAUCCAUGCAGGUUUUGGUCCCAGGUAUUUUAAGUGCUCUAGUAACUAAAAUUUUAAGGACAGUUUAGUUAUUUGACAAGUUACUGGAGCACACAGUCAGCAAUUUUUAUAUUUAUAAAACAUUAUGUUUUUCCACUUUGAAUAAAGUUGAACUGAAUGAAAUCCUUCUUAGAAAUGACAAACAAUAAUCAGUUUGCCAAGAUGCCUCUGCUGCCAUAGUGCAAUGUUAAAAUGUGUUGUCAUGUGUUUGAUGUACCAAGGAGCAAAGUCUUAUAUAUUGGCUGUUUCUGUAAGGGAGGUGACCAAAGUCGAGCUAUAUUUUGCAUUUAUUGCUAAAUGCCAAUGAUUGCUAAAUUAAGCAUUGCUUAAUUGUAUUUUCUCAGUAUACUUACACAAUUACCGUUUUUGUGCUCAAAGCAACCUCUGUGACAGGCUUCCUCAACCUUGGCCCUCCAGAUGUUUUUUGGCCUACAACUCCCAUGAUCCCUAGCUAGCAGGACCAGUGGUCAGGGAUGAUGGCCGUUGUAGUCCCAAAACAGCUGGAGGGCCGAGGUGGAGGAAGCCUGCUCUACGAUCUCUAACAAACCUGUUUUGGUCAUGAACCUUGAUAGAUGUUGUAUUAAAUCCCGAAAGAACUUCAAAACACCAUAUUCUGCUCCUGCAGAUUUGUGAUUGAAUUACUGCGGAGGUAGUUGAUGACUUUCUGCAUGCAUUGGCCUUAAAUUAUUGUCAAUAUUUUUAUUGAUAAUUUUAUCUUUUUUUGGUAAACCGCUAUGAGGUUUUUGUAUAAUCAAGCGGCGUAUGAAUUUUAUGAAACAAAUAAACAAAUAUAUAUAGAGAGAAAUAUUUUUACUUUUGGUUGAUGGUGCUUUUCAAGGCAAACUCUGAAGGCAAUGAACCUUCUGAAAUUCUCCACUAGUGGCAUGUUUCAGAGAAGCUGCUACUGUUCAUUGCCAAAUGGCCUCUAAACUGUGAGGAAUAUUUUUCAUGAUAGUGGUAGGGCAUUAUCUGGGAAGAUAACUGAUUAGACUAUCAGAGUUAAAAAAAAAACCCUCACUCUUUUCUUUGCAACAGAUUCGCUGUAUAUACAUAACUAAUUUUAUAAAGAUGCCCAGAUUAGGAAACUGUCCACUCUAACAGUAAAUAAAAUCUUGUCAGCUUGAACCAAGCAAAAGUAGGAGGUUGCAAUUCAGAGAUUUCUGGUUUUUUGGGAGCACUUUCCCUAUCUCUAUGUAGUUUAAAUUAGGAUCUACUAGUAGAAAUUGAUUAUUCAUGCACAUCAAAAAAUAUAUUUGUAGCACGAUGGAAAUGGGCUCAUAUAAAAGGCGUGAGAAGUAAUACUUCAACUUUAACCAGGGCUAAACCCUAUAAAUGUGUUUCAGGGAGGGGGUUAUUGUUUCAUUUUUGUUCUUGUUUUUAUUACGCAUUUUGUGUUUUUUAUCUUGUAUUUUUAUGUUGUGAGCCACCACCAGCUCUAUGGGUGAAGGGUGGUAUAUAAAUUUAAUAAAUAAGGUAAAAUAAAAUAAACCAAAGCCUGUUUUGAAAAUGCUGCAUGUAGUUUUAGUCCCUCCAUUUAAGGUUUAAAAUAAAAUAGCAAAAACAAAAAAACAAGCAAACCCAGCAGCCUUAUUCACAUAAGCAUAAUACAAGUUCUGUGGGCUUCAUAAACCUGAAAUUUUAUCAUAAUAACAGCAACACUUAACAGUAAUGGCUUCGAAGUAGACGAAAAUGUAGGUUGCACUGUAUUGUGAUAGCUCCCUUAAAAUUAGGUAUGACUUGGUUAAAUAAACAGACCCCUUGCCAGAUACCCAGUACAUUUGUCUAGGACUGAGCUGAAGGGAAGCACUUUUUGCAGAAAACGUUUGCCCGUGGAUGAGGGAAUGAAGAACAUCCCUUACCCCAAAUUGGCUUUUUGAUGUUGUCGCAUACCUAAGAUUGACAGUGUGGCAUAGUGACUUUGCAGUGUCGUAAUAAUUAUGGUGCAAAUCCAAAGAAAGCGAUUGUUUAUCAUAAUUUUGUGACGCUUGCUCCAUAGUUCCUUCUCGUGCGUAGACGGUGUCCUUUGGGCUACACGAGGAACCAAACCCAUCUCUUUAAAAAUGGAGGAUAUGAUGAAUUAGUCACACCUACCCAUAGGAGUUGAUGCGGGUGGCGCUGUGGUCUAAACCACUGAGCCUAGGGCUUGCCAAUCGUAAGGUCGGCAGUUCGAAUCCACACGACGGGGUGAGCUCCCGUUGCUCGGUCCCAGCUCCUGCCAACCUAGCAGUUGGAAAGCAUGCAAGUAGAUAAAUAGGUACCACUCUGGCAGGAAGGUAAAUGGUGUUUCCAUGCGCUGCUCUGGUUCGCCAGAAGCGGGUUAGUCAUGCUGGCCACAUGACCUGGAAGCUGUCUGCGGACAAACACCGGCUCCCUUGGCCAGUAAAGCGAGAUGAGCGCCGCAACCCCAGAGUCGUCCGUGACUGGACUUAACGGUCAGGGGUCCUUUACGUUUUACCCAUAGGAGUUGAGGAUCAGGGUGUAGUGUGGGGGUGCUGGGGGGCCCCAGGUGCACAGUUUUUGAGCAGGCAUGGCCAGGUGACCCCACCUGCGGCCUGGUCAGGCUCCUCCUUGCCCAGGCGGCUGAGUGCGGCCUUACUUUGUUCUGCUGGGGGUGGGAUUGCUCCAGCAGUGUUGGUGGCGGGGGCUGGCGCCACCCAGGGUGUUAGCAACUGAUGCUACCCCAUUGUAAGGGAUUUUGGCUUAUGCGAUUCCUGGUUGUCUCAGUACAGUGGAACCUCGGUUUUCAGCAUCUCGGAAGCCGAACAAUUCAGAACCCGAACACCGAGAACCCGGAAGUAAUUCCUUCCGUUUCCCAAUUUUCCCCAUUGAACUUGCUGAUAGCCCAUUGUGCCUCAGUUGUCGAACGGUCUUCCAGAACGGAUUACGUUCGACAGCCGAGGUACCACUGUAUCAUAAAUUGCUAUUUUUUUUUUUUAAAAAUGGCCAGUAGAGGUGAAUAAAGGUUGCUGAGAAAACAUUUCACCUUCUGAAAGCACUACACCCAUAGCAGUCCUGCAUUUUUAAUGGGAGGUAUUUUAAAACGCGAUUAUGCUUAACAAAUGUGUUCGGUAUGCAAAAAAUGUGAACCCCAAUUCCGGAGCCUAAUCUACAUGUGGAAACAGGAUGCAAUCCUACCUCUGAAGGGGAACCUUUGCAUCUAACACCUGAUUUAUCCAAUACCUCUUCAGAAGGGUCUGAUUCCAGAUAAGGGAUUGGUGAAUCUGCUUCACUUUCUCAUUUUACCAGUCUUAAAUUCAGUUCUCUACAUCAGUUUGCAAUAUAUUUCUGAAAAUUCACCAGCAUUUUAGUGUGAAUUUCUCCUACAUCUGUGUAUGCGAUUUUGCCUAAUAUACAUAUUUUUGUGAGCCACAUUUUCCUUAUAUUUACAUAUUCCCUGACAUAACGCAUUUUUGCUCAUUUUCACAAUUGUAUCCCCGCAACAUGCAUUUUUGUACACAUUACUUGGCUGGAGAACUGCUUUGCCAAUUCUGGAAAUGUGUGAAUUUUGAAAGAUGGCAGUUCACAUAGCGUUUCAGGAAAUGUGAAUUAUCUUUAUUUGCCUUUAAAUGCGAACUGAAUCAAAUAGUUUUGCCAUGUCUAAUUCAGAUUUGUGAUUGGUUGGGCCUAGAGCAGACUGCAUUGAGGAUCUGUUUAGUGGGGAAAUGUUUGUUCAUACUCUUGUGUGUGUAUGUAUAUUUGCUUAAGUUGACAAAAAUAUUUGGAUUGCGGCUGUGGUGUCUGCUACGCUUGAACAAGAGUGUUGCAGAACUGUCUUAUAACCCAUGAAACUCUAUCAUUAUGAUUGUAUGAUAUAUGGACUGACAUAGUAAGGCUGAAGCUCGCUUUUCACAUUGUGUUAAAUGUAUUUUAACAAAACGGUUAGUAUAUAGAUUUUGUACUACUUGAACAAUAAAAAUACAAAACUCUUUU